GCCAAACACCGGCGGCGGCGGCCCGGCCGGACACCUAUUUUCUUCCUUUCCUAUUUGCCAUUUCUGGUCACGCUCUCCUCUUCCGCUAUCAACCGCCACCACCACCUCGCGCCUCCCCCGUCAGCUUCGCCCCGCAUGGUCCAGCGGAGCGCUCCAGGAGAUGCCAGUGCCGGCCGCGGCGGCGUCCAUGCGCGGCACCGAGGCGGCUGGCCCGAGGCACGCUGCGCGGCGACUGGGCCGCGUGCUGGACGGGCGCCGGCGGCGGGCCGCCCUGCUGCUCCUCGCGCUGGCGUACGCGGCCGCGAUGCUCAUGCUCGCCACGGGCGGCGGCGAGGGGCUGGGCGCCGGCGUCGUGGUGGAGGCCGCGCCGCCGGCGCCGCCGGCGGCGCCUGGGUCGGUGUACCGCAGCCACCUCGUGUUCGAGCGGCUCCUCCCGGAAAUGCGCGCCUUCGCAGCGCGGCCUAAUUCGUUAGUGACAUCUCAUCACAAAAAGAUUGGAAAACAAUGGAAACCUUGUAUCAGCAAGAGGUUGACAGAGUCAGAGUCACCAUCUUCAAACGGUUUCCUCGUAGUUGAGGCAAAUGGUGGCCUGAAUCAACAACGCAUUUCAAUUUGUGAUGCUAUUGCUGUGGCCAGAAUUCUCAAUGCAACUCUUGUGACACCAGCAUUUCAUUUGAAUAGUGUUUGGCGGGAUUCUAGCAAAUUUGGUGAUAUCUUCGACGAAGAUCACUUCAUUGAGUCUCUCAGAAAACAUGUAAGGGUUGUCAAACAACUUCCUGAAGAUGUUUUUCUACGAUUUGGUUAUAAUAUCAGCACUAUACCAAAUAUGAGAACCAAAGCUUUCUCGCCCCCAAGUUACUACCUACAACAGGUGCUUCCAAAAAUGUUGGAGCUUGGGGCUGUGCGUAUUGCCCCUUUCUCAAAUAGAUUGGCCCAUUCAGUUCCUUCAGGUGUCCAAAAAUUGAGAUGUUUGGCAAACUAUGAAGCAUUGAGAUUUUCUGAAUCAAUAAGAAUUCUUGCAGAGAAUAUGGUUGGCCGAAUGAUCAAGAGGAGUUCUUUAACUGGUGGGAAGUAUGUUUCAGUGCAUCUUCGCUUUGAAGAGGACAUGGUAGCUUUCUCAUGCUGCACAUAUGAAGGUGGUUCUAAGGAGAAUAAUGCAAUGGAAAAUGCUCGUGAAAGGAGCUGGAGAGGGAAGUUUCACAGACCUGGUCGAGUAAUAAAUCCUGAGGCUAACCGAAGGAAUGGAAGAUGCCCUUUGACACCUUUAGAGGUUGGAAUGAUGCUGCGGGGAAUGGGAUUCGACAAUACUACUUCCCUUUAUGUUGCAUCUGGUAAAAUAUACAAUGCUGAAAAGUACAUGACCCCUCUUCGCCAGUUGUUUCCACUAUUGCAAACAAAACAAACUCUGGCUACAUCAGAGGAGCUUGCAGUGUUCAAGGGACAUUCAUCAAGACUGGCAGCAUUGGAUUACACUCUCUGUCUUCACAGUGAAGUGUUCGUGAUGACACAAGGAAGCAACUUUCCCCACUUCCUGAUGGGGCACAGACGUUAUAUGUAUGGCGGACAUGCAAAGACAAUAAAACCAGAUAAAAGCAAACUAGUCCAACUCUUUGACAAUCCAAAUAUCAGAUGGGAUCAAUUCAAGCACCACAUGCAGGACAUGCGUCGCCACAGUGAGACAAAAGGUUUCGGACUAAGGAAACCACAGGAAUCCAUUUACAACCUUCCAAUGCCUGACUGCAUGUGCCAUCAAGCUGAAAUAUGAUCUAGGAUAGCAUGUGCAAAGCAAGGAACCAGAGGUGUCCCACCCUUGUAACUUGUAAGUAGCCACACUAUUGGUAAGUGAAGGAAAUUUAUUGGUUGGUGUAGGAAAACAAUAUAGAGAUGCCAAAUAAUGUAGUUCUUGAAAUGAAUCUUUUCCCCCCAAAAGAACAACAGUCAGAGAUUCAGCAGUGAGUGUAGCAUAUAUGUAAAUAAGGUACUCCACAGCUUAUUGUACAUUAAUUUAAUUCAUUAUUUUCUUUGUUC